ACCAGGAAAGCUGCUGGAAUCAGAAUUUGAAGGGAUUAUUGAAAAUUAAAAAUAAGGAUUUCUUCAAGUUAUGUUUCUUCAGUUUUUCACAGCAAACACAGAACCAACCAAAGUGAAAAGGGAGGAAUCCAAAAGUCGAAGUGCUUUGUUACAUGAGAUCCAAAGAGGGACUCGGUUGAGGAGAGUAACCCAGAUCAAUGAUCGCAGUUCUCCACAGAUUGACGUUGGCAGAAGAAGGCCCAGCAGAGAUGGAGGAAGCUCUGGAAAUUGUAGCAGUGACGUCCCUCAGGCAUUAGGGAACCUCUUUGCAGAUGGAUUCCCUGUUUUGAGACCAGUUGGCCAAAGAGACUUAGCAGCUAAUAGGACAGGGAAGCCACCUACUGCGAAAACGUCUCCUCCCCCAAAGGCUCCAGCCCCACUCAACGAUGGGAAAGCCGGGGGCAACUUUCAGAUCUCCCUGGGUGGCCCUAAGCAAGCAGAUCAGUCAGAAGCAUCCAAGGUCCAGCGAGCUGUGCCAGCUCGUCCCAGCAUCCCUGCUCCUCCUGCUCCUGCUUCAGUUCCAUCUCCUCCUCCUCCACCUCCUCCUCCUCCACCACCACCACCACCAUCACUACCAUCUCCCUCUGGCAAACCCUCACUUACCUUUCCUCCUCCUCCCCCUGUGCCACCUCCUCUGUCUGAAUAUCCUGACAAGCUCCCUUCCCCAGACAUGGCUGCUGCUGCUGCCUCUCAGAAUGACAGAACUCCAAAAAGUCCCCCCUCCCCAUUGCACAUGCCACCUCCACCACCACCACCCUUGGCUCCAUCAUCUCCCUGUGGGCUUCCAGGCAAGAUUAAUGAAUGUUCCAGCCCAUCCUCCUCCCAGCUCGAUCUAAGAAUUAAUCCUCCCCCCGUGCCGCCACCCCCACCUCCUCCUCUCCCAGGACCUUCUAUGUCUACCUUUUUGUCACCCAGAACGUCAACAUUUUCACUGCCAUCACCAACCUAUAAGAGUGCCUUGGACAGCAGCAGCGAGUCUGCCCCAGUGCUGCCUCCCAAGAGCCAGUUGCAGAAGCUCCCCGUUCAGUCAAUGCCUCUUCCCCCUACCCCCCCAAGCACACAGCAAGCUCCUGCAGUGCAUAAAAGGAGACAAGGAAGAGGCGGAGCCAAAUUGAUGCCACCGCCUCUUCCUCCUGCAAGGUCUCCAACAACUGAGCUCACAAGCAAAUGCCAAUACACACAAGUAUCUCCGUGGCUGGUUACCCAUGACCUCUGCCCAGCACUUAAGAAUGGAGCUGUUCCCAGUAUGGAUGACUUUGAAUCUAAAUUUAAUUUCCAUUCCGUGGAAGAAUUUCCUCCACCUGAUGAGUUCAAGCCUUGUCAGAAAAUUUAUCCUAGCCAGGAAGCAAGAGAUAAUACCAACAAUCCCCCCUUACGAACACGAGUGAGAUGAGAGGAUCCACAAUUCAAGGGUAUUCCAAAAAAUAAAGAGUUCAACAAUCGUAUUAUAAAAUGUAGGACAUACUUUUGAUGGCCAUGUGAUACGUGCAGGCACAUAAGAUAUGGCACUUAAAAGGCCACUGAAUGCUGGAUGCAGAUGGGACAGAAUGACAGUGCAUGAUCAAUUAUAAAAAUGUUGCAACGUACUGUAUUGUAUUUCAAUUUCAAUUGCUUUAAAGUUGGCCUGAAUCUUAUUUUUAAAUGCUAUGGAGUAUUCUAGUUCACACAAGUGUUCAUUUUUAUAUGGCAUAUUCUAGUUAGGUGAAAUUGUUUGCCUGUGCUGUAUGCAGUUCAGUUGUCUGUGGAGUUCCUACUUGUACUCUUGUAAUUAAUUUAUGGCUUCCAAACUUGAUUUAUUGCAUUUACAUUCUAUACAUGGUAACUUUUUAAUAUAUAAAUUCCUGGCAAGUCUAUUCUUUUGUUUCCUCUGACGUAUAGGCACAAAUAUACUCUUUGAGUAUGAAGAAUGCAGGCAAAGCUUUCUCCAUUAGCUUCUCCUAAGGCCCAUCUGCCAAAGGAUAUAAAACGUUGUUAUUAGCAAGCCCUCUGUGUGAUCCAGAGAAGGCUGGCCCAUUUGAAGCCUCUACCCAUCAGAAGCAUUAAAAAUGACAGUGUGCAAAAACAGAAAAAGUUCCCCUAAAACACAAGAUCUACUUUGAAUAUUUCAAAAACAAAAAGCAAGUUCCUAUAUUUGAGUCCACCCCGUUUUUGAGUAUGAAGCCAAGACAUGCCUGCACCACCACCACCAGUUGCGUCUACAGAGCAGAG